AUGUCUGAACAGGGUGAACAUGGGGAAAAGUUACCGAUUGUAUUGCCGGAGAGCUCACAAUCCGAAGAAAACAUCGCUGAAGAUUCGCCAACGCCAACUGAAGAUUCGCCAACGCUAACUGAAGAUUCGCCAACAUCAACUGAAGAUUCGCCAACCGAAGAUUCGUCUAUCGAUCGUCCUGCAUACCGUCCGAGGUUUCCUAUCUUCCCUCAUGGUGAACCAGAAUCACCGCCUCCGAUAAGUGAUGAACCAGCGUCUUCACCGCAUUUAGUUCGUCCGCGACCAAACUAUUUGCGCCAGAGAGCAACUGUUACCGCUUCAAUUAACAGAGCGAGAAGUGCAGUAUUAGGGACAUCACCGCGCAGUGCUUUUUCACCACGAUCAUUGUCCAUCUUACAAAAUUCUUCAUCUUCAGCACAAUCUGCUUCUCAGAUUUUCAGAGCGCCUACUGUUAUGCCAGCUAACAUCCCCUGUUCCGAUGAUAUUUUUGUGGACCAAGAAAAUGAACCAGCUCCUCUGCCUCAGGUGUCAUUUUUGCCAUUCGGUUAUUUUCCACGUGGUCCCAGACCAUUAAAUGCUGGAGAGCAUCCUUUGUAUCGAUAUAUCAAUAUGGUGGCAGAUUUAUCUCGGCCUGACAACGGCUGGGUCCGGGAUUAUUAUCUGCUUCUUCGUCUAGGAGUACAACGACGUGAACAUAUAGGCCCUGAUUAUAUGAUACAAUCAACGAUGGCUUUAGGAAGGGUUUUGAAUGUUGUAGUGAACAGGCUGAGGGUUAAUCCAAACUUCGAUGACGAUUUUUUGGAUUCCUUACAUCUCGCAUCACGGCAACUUCGACAAAAUGCUAUCAUGUACUAUAAUACUACCAGACAUCCUUUUGAAGUAAGAAAUCAGCAGCAGCAAGAACAGUCGCAGCAGCAGCAACAAGAACAGUCGCAGCAGCAGCAACAAGAACAGUCGCAGCAGCAGCAAGAACAGCCGCAGCAGCAAGACCAGCCGCAGCAGCAAGAACAGCCGCAGCAGCAAGAACAGCCGCAGCAGCAAGAACAGCCGCAGCAGCAAGAACAGCCGCAGCAGAAACAGCAGCAGCAACAGCCGCAGCAGGAACAGCAACAGCAACAGCCGCAGCAGGAACAGCAGCAGCAACAGCCGCAGCAGAAACAGGAGCAGCAACAGCCGCAGCAGGAACAGCAGCAGCAACAGCCGCAGCAGGAACAGCAGCAGCAACAGCCGCAGCAGGAACAGGAGCAGCAACAGCCGCAGCAGGAACAGCAACAGCAACAACCGCAGCAGGAACAGCAGCAGCAACAGCCGCAGCAGGAACAGUCACAGCAGCAAAAGCAGUAA